AACGCGGAUGAAGUAGCCAACGAGAAUGAGGACGAAAAUGUGGCUGGAUAGGGAAGUGAUGUCUGUCACGACGUCACGAGUCGAGUAUAAUUAGUGUAAAUAGUUCUUCUGUAAAUACUAAUUGUCAGGAUAUAAAAGUUCUUGGGUAUAACAUAGCUGGGAUAAAAGGUAAGAUGAAGGAUCUAAAUUACAUUAAUUUCAUCAAAUCGUAUGAUGUAUUCUGUGUAUGUGAAACGUUUUUAGAACAGACCGAUAAUAUUUUAUUUGAAGUUUUAUUUCAGGAGUUUGAUUUGGGUUUUGUUGCUGCAGUAAGAAGUAGUUUAUUCGGAAGGGCAAGUGGGGGUUUGAUUUAUGGGUAAAAUAGAAGAAAUUUUAAGGGAAAAGCUGGUUUUAAAGUAUUCAAUGAUUUCAAAGGUUUAGAAAUUGAUUUCCUUUACACAAGUGCCGUUAUAAUACCAGUCUAUUUGAAUUGUUCUGAGGAUAGGUGGGAUGGGGACUUAUUAAAUUUGUGGCAAAGAUAAAAGAUUUUAGAAAAUAAUUAUAACAUUAGAAAUUCUAUUUUAUUGGGAGAUUUUAAUUGUAGAGUAGGAAAUAGCCAGGUCAUACCGGAGGAAUUAUUAGAUCCAGAAUUUAGAGUUAAAUGAGAUCGAAGAUUGAAAGACAUGGUAUUGAAUCGUAGAGGUAAAAUAAUUUUGGACCUCUGUGAAAGAUAUGAUCUAGUAAUAUUAAAUGGGAGAACAACGAGUGAUGAAUUGGGAGAAUUUAUGUUCACUAGAGGUUCAGGUGCUUCAGUGAUAGAUUUGUGUUGUGUGUCUAGAGGUUUGCUCAAGGAUAUAAAUGAUUUUAAGGUGAAGCAAGAAAUAUUUUCUGAUAAUUCCCCUGUAGAAGUAGCAGUAAAAGUAAGUGAAUUGCUAGUAAAUGAAGAUUAUCUGUUACCGCUGCCGAGGUAUGGUUGGAAGGGAAAUGUAGAGCGACAGUAUCAGGAGCGUGUAAGAAAUCAAUUAAACAAAUCUGUUAAAUCUGGCAUUUGCAGUCACCACUUGUUUUGGUCGCCGCCUCCUGGAGCGCUGGUGCUUGUGUGUCACCACUUGUUUUGGUUGCUGCCACUUGGAGCGCUGAUGCUUGUGUUCACAGUUGCCCUGUCGAUUUUGAUAGUUUUAAUUUUUAUUCGUCAAGUUUGUCAUUUCAAUCGAUUUAUCAAUUAGAUUUAUUAUGCUUAGUUCAGCAUUAGUCCUAUUUUUGCCUAUUAUGGCAUUAUUCAUUUAUAUUUGCCAUUUUUCUGCUGGUGGGUUCAUUGUUUCACAGUUGGUACACUGCCUUGUAGGCUGAG